AUGACUAAUGAUCAACAGCGCGUUCGAGCCAGGAAGAUCGAAGCCAAGCCACGAUCGCAGCCUUCGGCGAAACGUGAGUACAAGUACGCGGAGAGACACGAGAGUUGCAAGAAGAACGACGACAAUGGACCGUUGAUCGAGUGCGGUAUCGGCGGGAUCUUCGUUGGGAGCGGUGUCGCGGAGGCACGCGCCGGUUUAUCGAGCCGGAAACGCAACAGCACGCCGAGCAGCAUACAGCGUUCCGAGGAGAUCGUACCCUAUCAGCGCUUUGAAUCCGGGAAACAGUCGGGAUCGUUGGCCAGUGACACAGCCGGAAGUCUCAACUCGAUCUCUAGUUCCGAAGGAAGCUCCUGGUCUCCCAGUCUACGAAUGACAGGCGAAACCGGCCAACUGAGAGAUUUCAUCGAAGAUCUCGGACCUGGGCAAGUGGUUGGAAGGCAGGCGCUCGGUGCUCGCUGCCUCGGCGAGAUUCAGCUCUCGCUCACCCAGAAGAAAGGCUACCUUGAAGUGGAGGUCAUACGUGCCAAAGACCUUAAACCGAAACAGGGCACCAAAGCCAUUCCAGCUUCCUACGUGAAAGUUUACUUGGUGAACGGAAAGAAGUGUAUCGCGAAGGCGAAAACGAUGGCAGCGAGGAAAACGUUGGACCCGUUCUACCAGCAGUCGUUAGCCUUUAGAGAAAAUUGUCGGGGUUGCAUACUGCAGGUGACAGUAUGGGGUGAUUACGGCCGAUUAGAAGGGAAAAAAGUGUUCAUGGGCAUUGCGCAGAUCGUGUUGGACGAACUGAACCUCAAUGAGAUGGUGUUCGGGUGGUAUAAGCUGUUUGGCAACAUAUCCCUGGUAACCGCGAGAAUGGGAAAAGUGUGAAAGGUCGUACGAGAGGACAUGUCUUUCUAGAAACACCACUAGCACAUCACAUAUCAUGUACGGCAUAUCAGAUGAGCCGCUAGUCUGUAUGUAGACUAGAUGUAGAGAUAGCAGCCAUGUUCCCGGAGCGCCAGAUAGCUUUAGUGAGAGCAACGCAGAGACACUCGACGCGAGACCGAUACGAAUUUCAACAUGGUGUGCUGUGAGAAUGGGGUGCCGAACGGUGAUUCGAUAUUCGACGUUGAGGUGAAACGAAGAACGAGAAAGAGGCAGUGGUGAAAAAAAGUGAAAAAGAAAAAAAUUGUUACCAAAAAAAAAAAAAAAAAAGAACCAGAAACAAAAAAAAAGAAGAGAUGAAACGAAGAAAAGUUUCCAAACGCCGUUACGAACCGUAGUGACACGACGGCGGAUAUCGUGUGACAUCGUCGUCACGAACCAUUAACGAAAUUUUAAGUAACAUACAUACGUACGUACCGUUUUCGCGUGCCCGCGAAACAAACAGACGUUUCAAACAAUAUUUGUACAUAAUAUAGGACGCUCCUCGUGUGUCGACACCAGUGUGACGAUUUAUCAGAUAUAAAACGAAGGGACAGCCGUGCUUAAGGAACGAACAAAAUUAAAAAUUAACAAAAAAAGAAAAAAAAGAAGAAAAGAAUUAACGAAAAAAGAAGAAAACCAACCAGAUAUAAAGUUAUACUUGGGAACUCGUUGUCAAAAGUUUUUAGCCAAGAAAUAUCAUCGUCAGAGCGUAUAUUAUUUAUUGUAAAUAUUAUAACAAUGAUAUAUAUAUAUAUAUACAUAUAUAUAUAUAUAUAUGAAUUCGCGAUACGUAUGCGCGCAGGUGUUUAGAAAAUGAUGAACAAUUGCCUUGACCGUCGAGUUUUCGUUGUCCCGUUGUCCUCGCGAUUUCGAGCGUCGCGGCGUCCCACCCGCGCUACGUAUUGAUUUUUACUAUCACGAUCAAAGAAAAAAAAAAUAUAUAUAUAUAUUGAGCUCGAGACGGCGAAAACUCCUUGUCGUCCCUUGUGUCGCGUUUGAUCCGUCGUAAUCGGCCGUGAAUUCGAAAGGCGUCGCGAGGCGAACGGGAACGAGGCCGAGAAAAGAUCGUGAAUUAGCGAAUUGUUGUUGACCGUUAAAGUAGGCCAUCUUCAACUAUUUUGCGUGAGAGACUGCGCGCGCGCGCGCGCGCCUGUCUGUAUGUGUAUGUGUGUGUAUAUAUAUGUGAGCGUGCGUGUAUCCUUACGUGUGUGUAUGAUUGUGGGUUGGUGUGUGUGUGCGUGCGUGUAUGUGUGUGUGUGUGUGUGAGAGAGAGAGAGAGAGAGAGAAAGAAAGAAAGAAAGGGAGAAGCGAAAUGCUAACUAUAUCGACUGUCAUAUAUUGUGAUUCUGUUAGUUUUUAUUUAAUUGUCGAGUAACCUCACGGAUCGGAUGUUUAAAUGCGUGAAAAAAAGGGGACAGCCGUUGUAACCUUUUAGAAUCUUUUAUUCUCUUUAUCGACUUGCACUCGACUUUCUCGUAAAGGAACGCUCGUUUUUUUAACGAUACGAAAUAUAUUUACUGAACGAACCGCCCACGUAAUUCUUGCAUACAAAACGGCGGACACGACGUGUCCGUGAUGUUCGACGUCGCGUUUCGUCGCGAGACCCGUCGCGGGGAACCGUGCUUCCGGCGCUCGACACACACACACACACACACACACACACACAUAUGCACACACGCAAACACAGAGACACUGCUGACGAGAACCCAUCGGGGGAAACGGAAGCGUAUGUAUGUACAUUGAAAACGACGACGCUCGGCCCUCGGCGCAACGGACCGGGGCGAACGAUCGUGACACUCAAACACAAAUCGAUUUUAUAUCUCUUAAUUCUCAUGUUAUGUGUUCGAUCUUUGUCUGUGCAUUCGUCUGGCCACUUUGUGAACACAAAUCCGAUGAGCAUGCACGUGUACGUAGAGAACGAUCUGUAGCAUUAAACAAAGCUUGAUUGACGAACGAUGAUUUUCUUUUUUCGCCGAUUGUGCUUGCAACGUGUGAAUCGUCUCUUUGCGAGACGAAGAACGAGAGGAGAUAGAAAUGAGACGUAAGGAGGGAAUGGAACAGAGACGAGAAGACAAAUCGAAGAGAGAAAUA